UCCUGUCAGCGUAGCAGCAGGCGGAUGUAGCCCACUGAUGGCUCGUAUUUCUCUUGACUUUCACAUUAUGUUGUUUGGUGUCGCGGUUUGUCUCCCACUACUUGGCCUCUCGCCAUUCUGUCGGACGGGUGUGAGGGUGGACUGACUGAGGGUACAUGUCCGGAGUGUGACAGCAGCUCGCCGGAUAUCUGCAGGCGAUGAAGACGCUUUGAAAAACCUCCAUAUCUGCCCGACUCAGAGUCGACUGGAGCUGUCUGGCUGGAUGCACUGCUAUGACUCUGAGCUCGUGAAGAUUUUACUUUAAAAAAAAAAAAUUGUCAUCCUUCUUGAAGCCCACCUGAUUUCUCCAUGGGUUCCCGCAGCCAAGGUUUCUUCCAUCACCAUCACCAUCAUCGUAGCGCCAUGGUGCCUGCUGUGGUGCCGAGGCUGCUGCCUGAGAAUGGCAGCCUGCUGGGGGGCAUUGCGCAAAUCACCCCCAACCUCUUCCUCAGCAGAGGGAAUGUGGCGUCCAACCGCAGCCUGCUGCUGUCCAAAGGCAUCACCUGCGUGGUCAACGCCACCAUUGAGCUCCCCAACUUCAACUGGCCACACAUGGAGUAUGUGAAGGUCCCUUUGGCAGAUAUGCCCCACUCCCCUAUCUCCUUGUACUUUGAUAGUGUUGCUGAUAAGAUCCACAGCGUGGGACGGAAGCGUGGGGCUGUGUUGGUGCACUGUGCGGCAGGAGUGAGCCGCUCAGCCUCUUUGUGUCUGGCGUACCUCAUGAAGUAUCACCGUGUGUCUCUGGCUGAGGCCCACGCCUGGGUCAAAGCCCGCCGUCCCGUCAUAAGGCCCAAUGGCGGCUUCUGGCGCCAGCUCAUCGAGUACGAGAGGAAGCUGUUUGGUAGAAACUCUGUUAAGAUGGUGCAGACGCCCUACGGGGUCAUACCUGAUGUUUAUGAGAGGGACCGCAGGAGCCUGGCUCCGUACUGGGGCCUGUGAGAGCUGCACCGUGGAGAUCGAGGAGGAAGUGAAGCCCUUUUGCCCUCCUGGACUGCAGCGUUAUGCGUGUUCAGGACAGGCGAAGUGAGACACGUGUGAGUGUACAUCUGUGUGAAGCUUAUUUAAUGAAUACCGGCACGUUUGGACGGAGGGAGUCUUAACCAAACACUGGUUGUUGAUGCUGUUUGUCCAACCAGUUGCCUCCAUUUAGUGUUUGAGCGUAAAAAGGCGACGACAAGCCCAGAAUCCCUUUGGACCAAAGGAUUGAUUUGGACCAGGAUGAUGUCAGACACCAAAACAAGAUGAAUGGUCAGAGUAUGGUUGUCGGUGCCGUCUAUCUCCUGGUCUGUCUUUCCAGUUCCAGUGGAAGAUGGUGAACGUGUCAGCAGUGCUCCAGACUCUGCAGCUCUGACAGUGAUGUGACUGAAGUCCUUUUCCUGACGUGAUGAUGUCAUGUGGUGGUAUUGUGCCAGUUUUGCAGUAAUCUUUGGUGUGAAGGGCAGCAGCAUGCUCUCAAUUUACGGUAGCAUAUAAGAUAGGUGUACAGAGAAAAAAAAAAUAUAGACAAAUGAUUUUAUUGGAAUGUGCCGAUAGUGAGGAGAAAAUGGCACAGAACAUUUAAAGAUGUUAUUAUAUCUACCUUUUUUGAGGUGAAAAUCUAGAAGAUGUACGCUAAAAGUCGAGGUUUAGGGAAAGCUCCUGUGUACCACAGGGUUGACUGUUUCAUCCUGUGACCACACUAUGUUAUUGUAGUGCUAUUUGAUGCUGUUUAAAAAAAAAUGCUGCCACCUCAAGGAACUGGUAGCUCUAUGAUAGAUGAAUAUUUUCUAUCCCACUGUUUUUGCCUUGUGUCCAUAGGUUGCAAAAAAAGAUCAGAGCAGUAUAGAAAAGACAUUUUAUUUCUCUAUGUAAACCAACUUAAAAGAGUGAUAUCACACACGCUGAAGAUCUUCUGAUGUUGUCUGCGGGUUGAAUUUUUAGGGGCCGGGCAGUGAAGCUGCCAGUCCCUCUCGUUUUCCUCAGUGUUGUUAUUAUUAUUAUUAUUAUUAUUAAUAUUACGAUGAAAUCCAACUUCCCAAGCAUAAAAAUAAACCAAACUUUGCACAUAGGUCGAACCCCAUGCCCAACUUCCUCAGCUGCAAACACAAGCCAGUAGUGCUGAUGGUGGUGCUACAGCAACAGUCUAAAAUUCAGAAGUUCAAAUUCAUAACAAAUCAUUUGUAUGUGCUGCAGCUUUGCAACUUACAACAAAAAGAAGGCCAAAUUGUGAAGAAACUUUUGCACACUUCAAUGUGGUACAAAUUAUGAGGUCCAUCACUCUGUUUUUAUCAAAAACUGUAAAACUAAUCCCCUUCUACAUUUUUUGCUCAAUUGACAAACUUGCUACAGGGCAUCUUCAGACUGUCCUACACAAACUGUCUACACAGAUUUUUGAUAUAUCAAAAAUUGAGUCUACAGUGCAUCAAAAUGUUUGACAAUAAAUGGUACUGUAAACAUAUAUAUUUGCAAACUCUUGCUAAAUAAAUCUUAAACGUUCAUGAAAAGAAAUUGACAAACUUUUGCUUCCAUAGUAGAUUAAGUGUGUAACAUUUCAGAGGUUUAUCUUUAAAA